AUGAAUCCCAACGCCUCAGAGUCGUCUCCGCUCCUUCCACAAGCAAAACCGACCUCCCAAACUACCCCCCAAGCUGCGACCGCCCAGCGAACGAAGUCCGUGACAUUCAGCCCAUCAACUAGGGGGGAGCCGGCAAGUGACGCGCAAGAUGGUGGCAGUCAGCAAAAGAAUUUACAUCCCAGUGCCCCCCCAGUCGUAAGGGGGCCAACUGGACAGCCCGUGCUGGCGGCGUUGAACAGCAAACUCCGACGUCGGCAGGCUCAAGAGCCAUCUCUAGGAAUUGCUGGCAAGGUUCCUGCAGUGCCGAAGAUUGGCCCACAGAGAACAACAAAAACUACACAGAAGCUCAAGCUACUACCGAACCCUGUGACGGGUGAAGACGAUGUAUGGAUCGAAGACGAGAUUCCCAGAGAUGUGUAUUCCCAGAUCACACGGAUAAAAGAACCCACAGCCAGGAGAGAUGCGGCAAGAUUGGGUAAAGGGGAUAGAGAACGACUUCCUCGGGUUACGGCGUACUGCACGGCGAAUUCAUACAAGUUGGAAAACGUGAUUAGGUUUCUGAAAUCGAGAGCUGCCACAAGAGGCACAAACCCGAAGCUUUUCGAUGAGUGCGUUUAUUCACCAUACCGGUAUGAUGACGACGAUAAGACAAUAUCUUCCCGACGCCGACGCAGUGAAGGCACUGGUCACACUGGGUUGACACCCAUUAACGAUUCUCGCCCACAGCUAGACCGUGGGUUCUCCGAUAGCGAGCUAGAGGUUGAAUCGCAUAAGCACCAAGAGCGAGAGGAUCUGCUUGAUAUGCGUGCAAGUAAUGACGACCCUAUUCAGCCCUUUUCGCCCCCAUCGUCGCCCCGUACGCUGAUCACGACCGCUCUAUCCGACGAGCCCCUCGUCCUAGACACGGCAAUCGAUACUCCAGAGGUGUUCCUGUUCGACUAUGGAACGGUGGUAAUAUGGGGUAUGACCGUGGAGCAAGAAACUCGGUUUCUGAACGAAGUCUCGAGGUUCGCAAACUCAGUGUUGAGUUCAGAGGACAUGCAAGUUGAGAACUUCAACUUCUACUACACCCGAGACUACCAGGCUCGAAUAUACAACGACUUCAUCUCCCUACGAGAUCCUCGCAGCUACAUGACGAAACUUGCCAUCUCCCAUGCCCUCUCGCAGUCCGUCAAGACAUCUCUCUUCGAAGACCUUGUCAGUGAAACUAUCACGGCUACAUCACCGUUGCCAUCCCAGAUCGCUCAGACGGGUGGUGUGAACCUUACGCGCAGGCAGAUAAACAUGCAGAUUGGCGAGCUUUUUAUACUUCGCAUAAACAUCCAUCUUCAAGGGUCUGUGCUUGACAGCCCCGAACUCAUGUGGGCUGAACCUCGCCUUGAUCCGAUUUACCAGGCUGUGCGAAGUUAUCUGGAAAUGAACCAGCGUGUGGGGCUGCUCACAGAGCGGUUGGAUGUAAUUGCUGAUCUACUUGCUGUUCUUAAGGAUCAGUCAAGUCAUAGACAUGGGGAGUACCUUGAAUGGAUCGUUAUCGUUCUAAUUGGUGCCGAAAUCCUCAUCGCAGCGAUCAAUAUCGUUGUCGACCUCUACGCAGGCUUAGAUUAA